GUGGCAACGGUGGUGGCGGUGGUAAUAAUCCGGGCUAUGUAAAUGACAUCCAGUCGCACCUGCAUCAUCCUUCGUCUCAGCAGAAGCAGAAUAUCUUCGCCUCCUCUGGUAGCGGAGGAGGAGGAGGAGGAGGCGGUGGAGGUGGUGGUGGGGGCGGAAGUAGAGAACGAAAUGACCGUCCCAAUAGUGGCCAUCAUUAUCAACAACAGCAACAAAUACAGCAGAACCGAACUCGGCGCAGCACCCAACGAAGGGUUACCCACAAUGAGAAGCGAUACCAUUCAGCUGCGGGACGGCCAGAUGUGCACACAGAUGAACCGAUUUGUCAGCCUAUACGGCCGGUUCAGCAUCACAUCCUCUCAUCUACUACCUCAUCUGGAUCAUCCUCCUCUGAACUGCCGAGGAAUGAAGUGCCAUCGCUAAGUACUAACUUCAGUAACCUAGCACUACACUCGCCAGCGAUAGUGGCCGCCGUGGCAGCCCUGACAAAAUCGCCGUCCAAAACAGUUGCCGUUGGUUUGCCGUCGGAAGUCUCCGACAGUGUCCGGGACCCCGCAGAAACUCAUGUGAUAAUGCGACCGAAACAACAUCAACAGUAUGUACGACCUCCCGCGCCACAAACUGUUACCGGGUCAGAUUGCUGCGCUCAACAGCUGCCACCGCCGCUAGAAACUAGUUUCGACCGAGCAAGUAAUAAUCAAGCGCCAGCCAAUAAUAGUAGAAAUAAUAGAAGAAUUGGACGACAUGAGAGUCGUUACACCAGCGAAGUACGCCAGGAAGCUGUACAGCAAGCAUUAGCUGCAUUAAAAAAUCGCCCCAAACCUAGCUUACCAAUGCCAUCCAAACGAAGCUCUGUGCUUAACCGUAGCCCCGAGCGCGAUCAUGACGACACAGAUUCCAGCACAGAUGACGAGUCGAUUCCGGAGGAAGGGUUGAUCGGUGGUAGAAUAUCAACGCCCGACCGAGAGAACUACAACCUCCCACGCGAUCACAUUCUUGGGCGUGAACCCAUGAAACUACCAUCAACGCGUGAUCAUCACCACGUAAGCCAAACAAAACAUCAAAGUCAACCUGCGCCAAUCGAACGACGGCCGCCCCAAAGCAUACCAACACCGAACGCACAACAUGCUACUUUAUCCGAUACCUCUAGCGCAGGUUCGCCACCGGCAGUUCAUCGAACCUACUAUAACCAGAAGAACAGCUACGACAUAACGGAUAUCACGGAGUAUCAACCAAGGCCAUAUGCAGCCCCUGAUAUCACACAAUUCAGUGCCAACACACGACGAGGAGCAGAUCGUGUCACACGAUAUGUUAACCUCUCCAGUCAGGAACCUGGUGACACGAGCACAGCUGGGCGAUGGAAAGUUUCCGCCAAAAUUCAACAGCUCCUAAACACUUUAAAACGACCAAAGCGCCGACCGCUGCCCGAAUUUUACGAAGACAAUGAUAUCGAACUGGAGAUAGCAGCCAACCCCAAAGAUCCCAAUGCUCCGAAACCCGAGGGUAGCGUGAUGACAUCGGUACAGGGCGAACAAUUGAUUGUGCCGUCGGGUCUACCCCGAACUCUGGAAGCUGCUCUGCAACGAUAUGGUACCAGUUCGUUUAAAGCUCCGAUGGCGACGGUGCUGGAUCCGAAUGGCAAGAUGACUACUACCCUCACCUACGGAAAACUGUUAUCGCGAGCACAGAAAAUUGCCUAUGCCCUCUCGACAAAAGUUUUCAGCAAAGGUCCCGAGCAGAUAUCGCUCAAACCAGGCGAUAGGGUGGCUCUCGUCUAUCCGAACAGUGAUCCGCUAAGGUGAGUAUCGGAAUGUUGGUAUUUGCUAAUAAUUCGAGGAGCACUGACAGGUUAUUAGUGAGAUAUGUUUAGAGAUAGAUGAGAUUAUUAGAGGCGUGCGCCGCACCGCCGAUUUUUAGAAAAAUAGACAGCACGCCGAUUCGCUGACUAUUUUUACCUAAAUCGGCGACGCGGCGCAUACCUCUAGCAAUUAUUGCCUUGGUUGGUGGGUUAAACGUCAGUGCGAAAUUGUUUCAAUACCGAAUUUUGGAUCGUAUAGAAUGUUUCUUGAAGCAAUAAUUUCCAAAUAUAAAUCGGCCAACAAAUGACAAUGUAGCUAAUUUUGUUUGCCGAAGGUCCCAUAAAAUUGUGUUUUUGCUAUAAAUCCAGAUUUUGAGGGAAUACUAAACUGCCGUU